GCUCGUUCCUUCGACAUGUGUGUCGACGAGAUCACGCUGGGACUCCGCACAUGCUGUUCUUGCGUCUGUGCCAGACCCCGUCUGUGUUUGCGCUCGGUCACGCCCUUCUUGCCGUCUGCGUUUUGAUAUGAUCAGCAUCUGCUGGCGUAUCGGUCUCUCGUGGUGCUGUCGUCACUUCCGCCUCCUCUUCGAUGGGGCACUUGUUGUUACCCAAAUUCAUCUACGCGUGUGCACUUGCGGGUUCUUUGGGUUGC